ACAGUCAUUCAGUCAAGCGUACGCCUGCCGUCUUAACUCCUAAUGUGGCUAUUGGUAUGUGACACUUCAUGUCAUAGACGAAGACGGAAGAAGUGAUUUCACUAUUAGAGACAUCUGCUCAGAGGCUUUGAAGUCGCUGGCACGCUCGCACAGAGCUGUUAGAGACGAUGUUAUACACAAAACUACUCUUCCUAGCCGCUAUAGCAACGGUUGAGCGCAUCUCUGCCUCGUCCAUCAGCGAGCCUUACAGUUGCAAGAGAGGUUAUGCUUACAAUGACUCAAAUGUGUGCGUAGAUGUGAACGAGUGCACAGAGACCCCGUACGUCUGCUCAGGCAAUAACAGUAUUUGUGAGAAUACCGACGGCAGUUUUAAUUGCUCCUGCAAAUCCGGAUAUACGCCGAAAUUCUCAGAGGCUGUUGGUGAUGCACCCGCAAACCUGACCAGCUGCGAUGAUAUCGACGAGUGCAAGUUAAACAUCUCUACCUGUCCCGCGAACAGAUAUUGCGUCAACAACGAUGGUAGCUACACGUGCAUAUGCAAGCCAGGCUAUACACACGUUAAUAAUACGUGCGAAGAUAUCGACGAGUGCGCACAUGGUGUCGCAAACUGUCCUGCAAGCGCAGAUUGCGUCAACAACGAUGGUAGCUACACGUGCAGAUGCAAGCCAGGCUAUACACUCGUUAAUAAUACGUGCAUAGAUAUCGACGAGUGCGCACUUGGUGUCGCAACAUGUCCUGCAAGCGCUGAUUGCGUCAACAACGAUGGUAGCUACACAUGCAGAUGCAAGCGAGGCUAUACACUCGUUAAUAAAACGUGCACAGAUGUGAACGAGUGCACAGAGACCCCUUACAUCUGCUCAGGCGAAAACAGUAUUUGUGAGAAUACCGACGGCAGUUUUAAGUGCUCCUGUAAACCCGGAUAUACGCCGAAAUUCUCAAAAGCCGUUGGUGAUGCACCCGCAAACCUGACCAGCUGCGAUGAUAUCGACGAGUGCAAGUUAAACAUCUCUACCUGUCCCGCGAACAGAUAUUGCGUCAACAACGAUGGUAGCUACACGUGCAAAUGCAAGCCAGGCUAUACACUCGUUAAUAAUACGUGCGAAGAUAUCGACGAGUGCGCACUUGGUGUUGCAACCUGUCCUGCAAGCGCUGAUUGCGUCAACAACAAUGGUAGCUACACGUGCAGAUGCAAGCGAGGCUUUACACUCGUUAAUAAUACGUGCAAAGAUAUCGACGAGUGCGCACUUGGUGUUGCAACCUGUCCUGCAAGCGCUGAUUGCGUCAACAACAAUGGUAGCUACACGUGCAGAUGCAAGCCAGGCUUUACACUAGUUAAUAAUACGUGCAAAGAUAUCGACGAGUGCGCACUUGGUGUCGCAACCUGUCCUGCAAGCGCUGAUUGCGUCAACAACGAUGGUAGCUACACAUGCAGGUGCAAGCGAGGCUAUACACUUGUUAAUAAAACGUGCACAGAUGUGAACGAGUGCACAGAGACCCCUUACGUCUGCUCAGGAGAAAACAGUAUUUGUGAGAAUACCGACGGCAGUUUUAAGUGCUCCUGUAAACCCGGAUAUACGCCGAAAUUCUCAAAAGCCGUUGGUGAUGCACCCGCAAACCUGACCAGCUGCGAUGAUAUCGACGAGUGCAAGUUAAACAUCUCUACCUGUCCCGCGAACAGAUAUUGCGUCAACAACGAUGGUAGCUACACGUGCAAAUGCAAGCCAGGCUAUACACUCGUUAAUAAUACGUGCGAAGAUAUCAACGAGUGCGCACUUGGUGUCGCAAACUGUCCUGCAAGCGCAGAUUGCGUCAACAACAAUGGUAGCUACACGUGCAGAUGCAAGCCAGGCUUUACACUCGUUAAUAAUACGUGCAAAGAUAUCGACGAGUGCGCACUUGGUGUCGCAACCUGUCCUGCAAGCGCUGAUUGCGUCAACAACGAUGGUAGCUACACAUGCAGGUGCAAGCGAGGCUAUACACUUGUUAAUAAAACGUGCACAGAUGUGAACGAGUGCACAGAGACCCCUUACGUCUGCUCAGGAGAAAACAGUAUUUGUGAGAAUACCGACGGCAGUUUUAAGUGCUCCUGUAAACCCGGAUAUACGCCGAAAUUCUCAAAAGCCGUUGGUGAUGCACCCGCAAACCUGACCAGCUGCGAUGAUAUCGACGAGUGCAAGUUAAACAUCUCUACCUGUCCCGCGAACAGAUAUUGCGUCAACAACGAUGGUAGCUACACGUGCAAAUGCAAGCCAGGCUAUACACUCGUUAAUAAUACGUGCGAAGAUAUCGACGAGUGCGCACUUGGUGUUGCAAACUGUCCUGCAAGCGCAGAUUGCGUCAACAACGAUGGUAGCUACACGUGCAGAUGCAAGCGAGGCUUUACACUCGUUAAUAAUACGUGCAAAGAUACUGACGAGUGCGCACUUGGUGUCGCAACCUGUCCUGCAAGCGCUGAUUGCGUCAACAACGAUGGUAGCUACACAUGCAGAUGCAAGCGAGGCUAUACACUCGUUAAUAAAACGUGCAAAGAUAUCGACGAGUGCGCACUUGGUGUUGCAACCUGUCCUGCAAGCGCUGAUUGCGUCAACAACAAUGGUAGCUACACGUGCAGAUGCAAGCGAGGCUUUACACUAGUUAAUAAUACGUGCAAAGAUAUCGACGAGUGCGCACUUGGUGUCGCAACCUGUCCUGCAAGCGCUGAUUGCGUCAACAACGAUGGUAGCUACACAUGCAGGUGCAAGCGAGGCUAUACACUUGUUAAUAAAACGUGCACAGAUGUGAACGAGUGCACAGAGACCCCUUACGUCUGCUCAGGAGAAAACAGUAUUUGUGAGAAUACCGACGGCAGUUUUAAGUGCUCCUGUAAACCCGGAUAUACGCCGAAAUUCUCAAAAGCCGUUGGUGAUGCACCCGCAAACCUGACCAGCUGCGAUGAUAUCGACGAGUGCAAGUUAAACAUCUCUACCUGUCCCGCGAACAGAUAUUGCGUCAACAACGAUGGUAGCUACACGUGCAAAUGCAAGCCAGGCUAUACACUCGUUAAUAAUACGUGCGAAGAUAUCAACGAGUGCGCACUUGGUGUCGCAAACUGUCCUGCAAGCGCAGAUUGCGUCAACAACAAUGGUAGCUACACGUGCAGAUGCAAGCCAGGCUUUACACUCGUUAAUAAUACGUGCAAAGAUAUCGACGAGUGCGCACUUGGUGUCGCAACCUGUCCUGCAAGCGCUGAUUGCGUCAACAACGAUGGUAGCUACACAUGCAGGUGCAAGCGAGGCUAUACACUUGUUAAUAAAACGUGCACAGAUGUGAACGAGUGCACAGAGACCCCUUACGUCUGCUCAGGAGAAAACAGUAUUUGUGAGAAUACCGACGGCAGUUUUAAGUGCUCCUGUAAACCCGGAUAUACGCCGAAAUUCUCAAAAGCCGUUGGUGAUGCACCCGCAAACCUGACCAGCUGCGAUGAUAUCGACGAGUGCAAGUUAAACAUCUCUACCUGUCCCGCGAACAGAUAUUGCGUCAACAACGAUGGUAGCUACACGUGCAAAUGCAAGCCAGGCUAUACACUCGUUAAUAAUACGUGCGAAGAUAUCGACGAGUGCGCACUUGGUGUUGCAAACUGUCCUGCAAGCGCAGAUUGCGUCAACAACGAUGGUAGCUACACGUGCAGAUGCAAGCGAGGCUUUACACUCGUUAAUAAUACGUGCAAAGAUACUGACGAGUGCGCACUUGGUGUCGCAACCUGUCCUGCAAGCGCUGAUUGCGUCAACAACGAUGGUAGCUACACAUGCAGAUGCAAGCGAGGCUAUACACUCGUUAAUAAAACGUGCAAAGAUAUCGACGAGUGCGCACUUGGUGUUGCAACCUGUCCUGCAAGCGCUGAUUGCGUCAACAACAAUGGUAGCUACACGUGCAGAUGCAAGCGAGGCUUUACACUAGUUAAUAAUACGUGCAAAGAUAUCGACGAGUGCGCACUUGGUGUCGCAACCUGUCCUGCAAGCGCUGAUUGCGUCAACAACGAUGGUAGCUACACAUGCAGGUGCAAGCGAGGCUAUACACUCGUUAAUAAUACGUGCGAAGAUAUCGACGAGUGCGCACUUGGUGUCGCAAACUGUCCUGCAAGCGCUGAUUGCUUCAACUACGAUGGUAGCUACACGUGCAGAUGCAAGCGAGGCUAUACACUCGUUAAUAAAACGUGCACAGAUAUCGACGAGUGCGCACUUGGUGUCGCAACCUGUCCUGCAAGCGCUGAUUGCGUCAACAACGAUGGUAGCUACACGUGCAAAUGCAAGCCAGGCUAUACACUCGUUAAUAAUACGUGCGAAGAUAUCGACGAGUGCGCACUUGGUGUCGCAAACUGUCCUGCAAGCGCUGAUUGCUUCAACUACGAUGGUAGCUACACGUGCAGAUGCAAGCGAGGCUAUACACUCGUUAAUAAAACGUGCACAGAUAUCGACGAGUGCGCACUUGGUGUCGCAACCUGUCCUGCAAGCGCUGAUUGCGUCAACAACGAUGGUAGCUACACGUGCAAAUGCAAGCCAGGCUAUACACUCGUUAAUAAUACGUGCGAAGAUAUCGACGAGUGCGCACUUGGUGUCGCAAACUGUCCUGCAAGCGCUGAUUGCUUCAACUACGAUGGUAGCUACACGUGCAGAUGCAAGCGAGGCUAUACACUCGUUAAUAAAACGUGCACAGAUAUCGACGAGUGCGCACUUGGUGUCGCAACCUGUCCUGCAAGCGCUGAUUGCGUCAACAACGAUGGUAGCUACACAUGCAGGUGCAAGCGAGGCUAUACACUUGUUAAUAAAACGUGCACAGAUGUGAACGAGUGCACAGAGACCCCUUACGUCUGCUCAGGCGAAAACAGUAUUUGUGAGAAUACCGACGGCAGUUUUAAGUGCUCCUGUAAACCCGGAUAUACGCCGAAAUUCUCAAAAGCCGUUGGUGAUGCACCCGCAAACCUGACCAGCUGCGAUGAUAUCGACGAGUGCAAGUUAAACAUCUCUACCUGUCCCGCGAACAGAUAUUGCGUCAACAACGAUGGUAGCUACACGUGCAAAUGCAAGCCAGGCUAUACACUCGUUAAUAAUACGUGCGAAGAUAUCGACGAGUGCGCACUUGGUGUCGCAACCUGUCCUGCAAGCGCUGAUUGCGUCAACAACGAUGGUAGCUACACAUGCAGAUGCAAGCGAGGCUAUACACUCAAAAAUAAUGAGUGUGAAGACGUCAAUGAAUGCUUGGAUUUGUUUUUGAAUACCUGCUUAUUCAAGGGACUUGAUUGCAUAAAUCUGCCCGGAUCGUUUCAGUGCAAGUGUCCUGCCGGACAGAAAUGGGACCCUGAUUCCUUCUACGGAAUAGGGGGUUGUGUAGAUCUGAACGAGUGUGUGGAGACCCCGUACGUCUGCUCGGGCGAUAACAGCAUCUGUCAGAAUACCGAGGGAAGUUUCACGUGCUCUUGCAAACCGGGAUAUACACCGACAUUCUCAGGGCCUGUGAGUGAUAGGACAAGAAAUCUGACCAGCUGUGAUGAUGUAAAUGAAUGUGCAAGAGAUCCAAGCCCUUGUCACGAGAAUGCUGCGUGUACUAAUACAAAAGGAAGCUACUUGUGUCGAUGCAACUCAGGAUACACGGGUGAUGGAAAAGACUGCAAGCCCAAAAGAAUGUUUGACCUUAAUAGGCCUAGAUACGUGUAUUGCGAGCGAAAAAGGAGAUACGAGAACAGAGCACGAUGUCCUGGAGGGUUCAACUUCUUUGGGAAACGUCACAAUCACCUCUGGAUUAACUGCAACGGGAUGAUGUCCGUCGAGAGACACCACUUCCGUAAGACGCCGAAGGAUCUGACGCGCAAGAGCCAUGGCAAAGACAUCAUCUUCCCAUUCUGGGCCGACGUCGAUUACUCUCGGUACGCCACGGCACUGGAUGUCCAAUUCCAGGAGUUGGCCAAGGGCGAUGAAGACUCGUCUGAACUGCUCGGUAAAAUUAAUAAGAUGGUGAAUGAAUCCACCGACCUUGGGGAUGACUUUGCAAGCUGUGCUAUUAUCGUGACGUGGAAAGACACAUCUCCGAGAUACCGCUACAACAGUUGGAAUCCUUACAGAGAUCAGAAAAAUACCUUCCAAAGUGCCCUGGUAUCCAACGGUGACACAACGGUUAUCAUGUUCCUCUACGCCAAAGACCAGAUGGGCUGGCUUGCGGAUCACGGUUUUAAAGCUUCCAUGGGAUGGGCUCGCAGUGACGGCGAAUACUAUCAGUUUUCUAAAUCUUUCACCGAUGAUAUUCUUCGCAUCGACAGUCACUCAUUCGAAGAUCCCCAAGGCAACAAGCGCGAAGGCGUGUUUAUAAAGGUGCUCGGCGAACGCCUAGAGCCGACGCCUGCAAGUAUUUGUUCACAGUGGGUGUUAUCAGAACGCAGGCGCGGAACCUUUUGGUAUCCUCGGUGGAACUGCCCGUGCUCAUUGUGGUCAGUGAGACGGCAGUUUUCCUUCCAAAUAUGGGGCUUGAAUCAAGGCCCGGAUUGGUGGUUCCAGGGUACGGGUCGUGACUGGCAAGGGGACGUCGCGUGUUAUUCCUUCAGGCCGUUCCUGAGAGGCCCUAACAAGGCUUGCUGCUACUCAAGAAGAGGAAGAGAUCGCGGUGCCCUCAUCACAGGAUCGUCAUUGCGGGCCGGUCGAGUUUGUAGGUAUUCUCCGUUUGUCGAAGCGGAUGAGUACUGGAGGGAGAUGAAGAUGCUGGACACGUGUUGCAGGGAAAGUACGGAGUACUGUAGUGACUAUCUCGCCAUACGCCCGGCCGAGACAGUAUGCACACUACCCCCAUGGUGGCUACGAUGGGGGCCAAGGCCAAGGAUACGUCGCCCGAGAAGAACCUUCUUCUGGGGUGAUCCUCACAUCACUACUGUGGACGGCUUUGGGUACUCGUUUAACGGGCUUGGAGAUUACGUCAUGAUGAAAUCCACAAACAGCCACCGAAUCCACACGCGCACUGCUCGACCCCUCGCCAGCAACGGUGCUCUGGCUAAAGCAACAGUCUUCUCUGGAUUUGCACUUGCUGCCAAUGGUAGCAAUGUAGUACAGGUGAUGUACGACACCUCUGUCUCUGGCAACAUGAGUAUCACCGUGACUAACAGCACGUCGUGCAGUCACAUGACCGUGGACCAACUGUCAGCAAAUGCACCCGCCGUCUACACUGGCUUGGCGCUCACGCGCAAGAACGCCACAGUAGUGGUGAUUUUUGACUCUGGAUUAACGUGUGAGAUUUCCCCCGGGGUGGAGUCCAUACAGAUGGCGCUCACGGUUCCUGUCGAGUUUGAAAACACAACGCAAGGAUUGAUGGGCAAAAUGAACGAGAACAAAGAAGACGAUUUGGCCUUCCCCAACGGGACCAUGAUCCCAGUGAAUUCGGACGAGAAGAAGAUCUUCGAGUUCGGACAAACAUGGCGUGUUCCUAACUCCGACCGUCUCUUCGUCUUCUCAAACUGUUCCAAACAACCUGUGUUCUUUGAUGAGGCGUUCGAGCCAGUGUUCUUAAGUGAUCUGAACAUCACUGAUAAGAUGAGGGAGGCCUGUGGCAAUGACAAGGGAUGUCUGCUUGACUACGCUGCGACUGGAAACAAAGAACUGGCUGUCUCUGGUAAAAGUUACAGGGAGGAGAACCUCAAGGCUCAGGAAGACCUAGAUAACCUUCCACCUGAGAUCGACUGUGACUCCAUUUUGAACGCGACCAUAGGAGAGCAAGUAACCUUCAAAGUAACCACAAGCGACCCUAACAACGACAAGGUGACGUUACAAGCGAGUCAGAUGCCUGAAGGCGCCAUGUUUAACAACAAAACUGGACUCACGUGGAAGCCCUUGCCUAGUAACAACAAAUCCGCCAUGGUGCUAGAGUUUGUCGCGACUGACGAGAAAGGUGCCACUGCCGUUCAAGCGGUCACCAUCGCCCUCUGCGAUUGUAAAAACAACGGAACGUGUGACUUUGACACGGUACUCAGCGUCAACAAUGCAAGCAAGCUGCGCACUGUGGGUUGUAAUUGCUCGGAGCAGUACACCGGAGACUUCUGUGAGAAUGAGCCGGAUCCUUGUUUGGACGAACCGUGUUACGAGGGCGUGACCUGCACGAGGGAUAAGUCAGAAGAGCUGGGAUACACGUGCGGUGCAUGUCCAAGUGGUCGAACUGGAGACGGGGUCAGUUGUGCCGAUAUUAAUGAAUGUGCGGACCCCGCCGACAACAACUGCCCUCAAGAGUGCGAAAAUACCUUAGGCGGGUACAAGUGCAAGUGUCGCCCAGGCUAUAUAUCAAGUAACAACGGCAGAAUAUGCACAGAUAUCAAUGAGUGUGAUCCAAUCCUGGGUAGUAAUGACUGUGGCGCGAACACCGACUGUACUAACGGGCCUGGAAACUACUCGUGCACAUGCAAGCCUGGUUACAAAGGCGACCCCAAGGUCAAGUGCGAAGAUAUCAACGAGUGUAAUUAUCCCAACGAUUGUAGUCAAAUGUGCAGUAACACUGCCGGUUCAUACAAGUGCUCAUGUGUCAAUGGAUUUGUCCUCAGCAACGACUUAAAGACCUGCGCAGAUAUCAACGAAUGCGCCACGCCUGUUACUAACGAUUGCGAAAUGAUUUGCAUCAACGCGAGGUCGUCCUACAAGUGCGCAUGCCCCACAGGGUUCAUCCUCAACAGCGACAAGAAGACGUGCUCAGUUGCGAACUCCAGCAAAUGCGACUCCACCAACGGUGGGUGUUCACACGCCUGUACAAACUCGAGUGGGAUCGUCGGGUGCUUCUGCGACAAGGGAUACGUGCUGGACAGCGGCAACAAGACUUGCAAAGAUAUUGAUGAAUGCGCUGAGAAAACUAGUGGGUGCGGACAGCGGUGCAAAAAUCUCGCAGGCUCAUACGAGUGCUCGUGCGACCCUGGGUACGAGCUUAAUGCUGACAAGAUCACCUGUAAAGACAUUGACGAAUGUAGCCGCAAAACACACAAGUGUAGCGACAGUUGCCUGAAUACUGUGGGAUUCUACAAUUGUGGAUGCCCGCCAGGAUAUAAGCUGAUGUCCGACGAGAAGACGUGCCAAGAUGUUGAUGAAUGCGAAAAUGCUGCUCAGCUGUGCCCCCCUGACAUGGGCUUGCAAUGCAUGAACACCAAGGGCUCGUACGUAUGUUCCUGUCCUCCUGGCAGAUUUGCCAAGAAGAAGAAGUCGGGCUGGAUGAAAUGCAAAGAUUCCAAGAGGUUCAAGUUGUCGAGACGUUUUAACAAGUACCGAACCACAGACUUGAAAUUUAAUGACAAACUUAAAGACAAGGGAAGUGAUGAGUUCAAGAAACUUGCGGAAAUGAUAGAAAAUAUACUCGAAGAGUUCUUCCUUAGACUGCUGAAGGAAUCGGUCGAAUGCGUCGUCGUGGCCUUCCGAGAUGGAAGCGUUAUUGCUGAUAUGGAGUUACAUACAGCCGCCAACUCCAGUCUUAGUAUCGACGACAUGAACAAUGCUCUGUCGAACAGCUCCUCCAUGGGGGAGUUCUCAUCCGACCCAUCGUACGGGAAAGUAGAAGAUUUCAACGAAUGCCUGAACAACUCAGACAAUGAUUGCCACGAGCACGCAACAUGUACUAAUACAGCGGGCAGCUUCACUUGUGCAUGCGCUAAAGGGUACAGUGGAGAUGGCAAGGCUUGCGAACCUGUUCCAGUACCCGGAGAGUCUGGACUGUCCACUAAAGAGCUGAUAGCCAUCAUCGUGUGCGCCUGUAUCGCUGGGCUGAUUCUACUGUCCAUCAUGAUAUGGUGCUGCUGUUUCCGAAACAGGGUUAGCAAAAUACUGGACGAGAGGGAGUUCAAUGAAUUCGCCACGUACAAAAGGAUCGCCUUGCAGAAACAUAACGUUCGCCCGUACGGCUUCCCUGGUGGUGGAGACCCCGACAACAUGUACCUCCCUCAAGAAGACGAUGACGAAAUGAUCGGCAGCUAUGACGUCGAGGGGGCCACUUUCGACAACAGUGGGUAUAAGAAAGACACCCCCAUGUGAAGAAAACGGACUGAGCUUGCAAGAAGUAAUUUUCGUCUUUUGUUUUUGUGUGUUCUUUGUGUGCGUGUUUGUGUGUUAGAAGAAAAAUACAUAGUAUUUUUAGUAUAUAAACGAGAUUUAUAGUGUAAAAGGAGAUACCAUGGCUUGGAUUAACCGAAAGGUGUCCUUGUUAGGGGCCAGUCUUGUAGUUUGUUCAUUUUCGAUGAACAAUUUUUGAUGAACAAAUUUUCCAUCAUAUAAAGUACACCAUAAGGCAAGUCUACAAGUGUUUGCUGCUACCUUGUAGAGAGUGGAGUGCUGUAAUGUUGUAAUGCUACAUCUAUUUUUUUAAACUUGUACACCAAUUUUUGUAAUUUCGUAUGAAAAUUUAAUGACACAUCGAGUGAUCUAAAAUGCUAAAUGAAAAAAAUUCUAAGGUAAUGGAUUUAAGAAAUAAAGGAUGGUUUCAUACAAA